UAUUGUAAAUACAGCACCACGGAUCUGGUUUUUAAAAUAUUUUUUUCUUCUCCAUUUUUUUGCGUUUCACUGCAGAAGUGCAUGGUAUAACCCAAAUACUACCCCAACGCUUUGAAGUUUGAAUAAUUCAUGGAAUAGAAUUUUCUUGCUUGAAAAAAAAAAAAAAAAAGUUUUAAACAGAGAGGGGGAUAAGAACCAAAAGACAUAUCGAUAAGGGUUGAAGGAAUGGCCACCGCGGCUUCCAACCCCUAUCUGGCCACUAAUAGCAUUCUGUCGUCGGGAUCCAUCGUGCAUUCGGACUCCGGGAGCGGGGGGAUGCAGUCCGGCAGCGCCGCCGUGACCUCGGUGUCCGGAGGCUACAGAGGAGACCCCGCGGUAAAGAUGGUACAGAGCGACUUCAUGCAGGGUGCCAUGGCGGCGAGCAACGGGGGCCAUAUGCUGAGCCAUGCCCACCAGUGGGUGACAUCCCUGCCCCACGCAGCCGCCGCUGCCGCUGCAGCCGCGGUCGCGGCAGCCGAAGCCGGAUCCCCGUGGUCCUCGAGCCCCGUGGGGAUGACGGGCAGCCCGCAGCAGCAGGACGUCAAAAACAACUCGGCUAGAGACGAUCUGCAUUCUGGGACCACGCUGCACCACAGGCCCCCGCACCUGGGUCCGCACCAGUCUCACCCAGGGGCGUGGGGUGGCACCACGGCGGCUCACAUCCCGUCCAUCGGCGGGGGGCAGCAGCAGUCGCUCAUAUACUCGCAGCCCGGGGGCUUCACCGUGAACGGGAUGCUGAGUCCACCGGGCAGCCAGAGCCUGGUGCACCCGGGGCUGGUGCGCGGGGACACGCCGGAUCUCGACCACGGGAAUCACCACCACCACCACCACCACCAGCAUCAGCACCACCAGCAGCAGCAGCAGCAGCACCACGGCGGGGUGAACAGCCACGAGCCGCACUCGGACGAGGACACGCCGACGUCGGACGACCUGGAGCAGUUCGCCAAGCAGUUCAAGCAGAGGCGCAUCAAGCUGGGCUUCACGCAGGCGGACGUGGGCUUGGCCCUGGGGACCCUCUACGGCAACGUCUUCUCGCAGACCACCAUCUGCAGGUUCGAGGCGCUGCAGCUCAGCUUCAAGAACAUGUGCAAGCUGAAGCCUCUGCUGAACAAAUGGCUGGAGGAGGCGGACUCCUCCACCGGGAGCCCCACCAGCAUCGACAAGAUCGCGGCGCAGGGCAGGAAGAGGAAGAAGAGGACCUCCAUCGAGGUGUCCGUGAAGGGCGCUCUGGAGAGCCACUUCCUCAAGUGCCCCAAGCCUUCGGCCCAGGAGAUCUCCUCGCUGGCCGACAGCCUGCAGCUGGAGAAGGAGGUGGUCCGAGUGUGGUUCUGCAAUCGGAGGCAGAAGGAAAAGAGGAUGACCCCCCCGGGAGUGCCCCAGACGCCGGAGGAUGUGUACUCUCAGGGACAUUUUUUAGUAGAUUACUUAAAAGAUGCAAGUGUAAGUGGGCCGAGUGAAGCAGGCGACCCGAGGGUGACAGCCACCAGUUCGUACCACCAGGUAAUUCUGGCACACUGACAACAUCUCCACGAAAACAGAACCCCCCCAAAAAAAAGUAGGGAAAAAUCAGUGUCUCUCUCUCUAUUCUCCCCCCUUUUUUCCCUCUUGUGUUUGAUUUGUACCAGAAGCAAGCAUUUAUGCAUUUAAUUAAAAAAGACUCAAAUUGUUGCAAGCCUUGCAAAGAAAUAAGAACAAAAAAUACUAAACGAAGAAGAGUGGAGCCCACGAAGCUUUGAACGCAAUUCACUUGGAAGACUGCAUGGUUUAAUAUUUUUUUUUUAAUAAAUAUAUGAAAAAAUGGAAUUGCUGUUCUUAGCCAUCCCGUACAAAAAAAAAAAACAAAAAAAAAAAAAAACAGAGACAAACAAGCUUCUCGACACUGUUUGCCCUCUUCUGAUCUCAAAGAUCCGACCUUUUUGAAAAAUUGCGUUUCAUUUUGAGGACCGACCCUCUAAAUGGAUUUUUAAAAAAAAAAAAAAAAUAAAAAAAAGAAUAAAAUGGGGAAAAAUGAAUUGCGGAAAGAGUGACUGUCUGCAGCUGCACUGUGUGAAUCCCCCUGUCCGAAAAUGCCCAGUGUGACAGAGUGGGUGCCGUGGACGUGGAAGUGGACGUGGACGUGACUCUCACCAAGCUGCCAUUUCUAAGCAGUAUUCUUUGGUAGGUUUCAACAAACAGACUCCUUCAAAUAGAUCCAUUAGAUCAGAUGCUGAUCUGAAUUAUUUACUUUAUAUUUUUU